AUAAUAAUACUGUCUUUUUUGCCACUCCUUCUGCCUGUCUUUUUCCUUCUUGCUCAGACUCUGCCCUUUUGAUUGAAUGCCACGCUUUUCCGAAUCCCAUGUGAGCUGCCCUUGAACGAUGCGACCCCUCCAGCCCUUUUCAGAACCUUACCAAGAUUUUCCACGCAUUUUUUCUCUGGAUACCCAGCUCGUAUAACUGGCUUCUUGGCUCCCUGGUUUUACCAAAAUCGCAUUUUGUUUCAAUUCAGAAGUCGAAUUUCAGAAGCUCUUUUUAAAAUUUGUUGUUUGAGUUUUGUUUUGAAAUGGGUUUUGGGCAAAUUGUGGGUCUGUGGUAUUGAAAAUUUGGGCUUAAAAGGUAAGUGAUUUUCGACCCUGAAUUUCCAUAGAAUAGGCACUUUUCCCUUUCCGUGUGGACGAGGCAAAAGAGGAGAUCCUCAACCUUUCCCCCAAGGAAUCAUGUCUUCACACUACACAAUGGGAAUUUCACAAGCAUAGGGAAGCUGCUUGGGCUGUUUUAGAAGUUGGGUCUUUUGGGUUUUGCGUGUGGAUUGCAAAAUAGGUAUGUUUUCAUUAGUUUCCUUUUUAUGGGGUUGAGUUUUUGGGAAGUUGCAUCAAGUUAAUGUUUUCUUUGGGGUGUUUAGAGGAAAAUUUUCAGCGUAGUUUAUAGGAUUAAUGGUUUUGAGACUCACAUCAUUCAUACAAAAUUGAGACUUGAGACUUGGGAGUGUCUUUCAUAUAGAUCCCAGUCGGUUCUGGGUGUAUAUGUGAUUCUUCGGGCGGCGAUGGGAUCUUUCAGUGACAUAGGACUUGGCUUGAGCGCAGUGUUUGGAUGCCUGCUCUUAGGUUUAGUUGCAGAGCUUUACUAUUUGGUAUGGUGGAAGAGAAGAAUCGCCAACACGGAGAUUAAUGAAGAAGAAGAUGAUGAUGAUGAUGGUCACAGCAACUAUGCAAAAGAGCUGCUUCAUCUCCUCUGCUGGAAGAAGCCCUCCUUCGCGAACAGCAGCGAUACUCUAGAAAUCAACCCUUCUGUGGGAAACCCAAUUGCCAUUAAUGGCCAUGAACAAGGCCAUGAACCAGACCCUGAAUUGGGCUGUGCCAAAGAUUUGCUGCUGCAGAACUUUGGGGAAGAAAGUGUAGAGGCAGAGCUGAUGAGGCUGCACAAUCUAGCAGGCCCUCCGAGAUUUCUGUUCACCAUUAACGAGGAAACGAAGGAGGAUUUGGAGUCUGAUGAUGGCAAGUCCAGAGGCGAUAGGAGCAGGAAAGGGUCAAGAACAAGGAGCUUGAGUGAUGUGAUUGUUGCUGUGGAGACCCCAUUCAUGACCCCUUUGUCUUCUCCUCCCAAGAAGCUUCCUCCUUUGAAUCUCCUUGACUCUUACAAUCACCAUGGAUUUAACCCUCUGUUUGAGUCAUCAACAGAAGCAGAGCUGAGCAGUUUGAGAUCUUCACCCCCUCCAAAGUUCAAGUUCUUGAGAGAUGCAGAAGAGAAACUGUACAGGAGACUGUUACAGGAAGCUGAAAGAAGAAGAGCCCUUAAAAAUGGUGGCUCUGUGCAAGAUCAUGGAAUUAAGGCUCCCACAAAGCCCAAUUCAUCAAUGGGGACAGAAGAAAGUGAUGGUUCUCUUGUUGCAGUUAUUGUUGGGAAAAAUAAAGAGAGAGAGAUUCAUCAUCAUCAUUUACCACAGUAUCAUUCUGGUUCUUCACAGGUACUCCCACUGGCUUCUUCACCUUCAACAUUCAUUCCACCUUGCUAGAGGCUAGAGCAGAACCCCCCAUUUUGCAUUACACCUCCAUGAAUUAACACAAAAAUGGGCUUGUGAUGAGUUUGUGAUAAUUUUUUUUUUUCAAUUUCCCCUUCUUUUUAAAUCCAUAUGCUAAUCAAAAUUUCAUUGAUAAGAGUUUAGUAUUAAUGUAUAAAGUUAGAUUUCUUCAA